AUGACUCCACCUACAGAAAUCGAUGAUCACCUUCCAAUGUCAGUCGCAAAGAUUUUCAUCUGUUCCAUCCUGGGUUUUUCCUUUGUCCUUGGAAUCCCUGGGAAUUCUUUGGUCAUCUGGACCAUUUGUGGACGAAUGAAGAAAAGGCCUCCAACUGUUGUGCUCAUCCUACACCUGGCCGUAGCUGAUCUCCUGAUUCUUCUGACCCUGCCAGUCUGGAUCUAUUCUUUUGUCAACCACUGGCUCUUUGGGAUCGGCACCUGCAAAGGUCUGGUGUUCCUUAUUUACUGCAGCUUGUACGCCAGCAUCUUCUUCAUCACAUGCCUCAGUCUUGAGCGGUAUCUGGCUGUCAGUCAUCCCUUUGUCCUUCAACGAUGGAAGAAGACAAUGGUCAUCCACCUGGUGGUGGCCAUGAUCUGGUUCUUCUCUGUCGUCCUUGGAUCAACCAUCAUUCCAUUUCAGACCAUCGAUGACACUGUGGCAGGCUCUCAGUGUGUGACACGUGAGUAUGCCUCUCAUUCUCAAGAGGUCAUCCAUUUGUUGUCCGAGACCAUUUUGGGUUUCGUAGUUCCCUUCUUCAUCAUCUGCACCUGCUACAUCUCUGUGGGCAAAAGAAUUUGUGGCAUGGCUUCUCCUUCCAAGCAACACUCCGCCAAGUUGAUCACAUCGGUGGUAGUGAUUUUUUGUCUCUGUUGGUUCCCUCACCAUUUCUUCAACCUCUUAACGGUCAUCUCCGUCCUGCUGCAGGAUUCAAAUUCAGAGGCCUCGGAAACGUUGGAGAAAAUUUCAGAGGCGGGAGCCUGGAUCGCAGGCACAAUUGCAUUUAUUAGCAGCUGCAUCAACCCGCUCCUCUACGCUUUUGCUGCCAGGAACAUCCGAAGCAGUGCCAAGUUUACAAAGUUGUUGAAACUCUUUGAACAAGUGGGCCCUUGGGAAAAGCAGGCGUCCAACCUGGAAAUGCCUCCUCCAGAUAAAAAGGAGGAAAGUUGGAUAAGUGCCAACAUUGGGGAAAGCGAGUCUACUCCAGUCUCCUCGGUCUAA